UGUCACUUGGAGACGCUCCGCGUUUCUUCCCGCUCGUCUGAGAACUUCUCUCGCGGGUGUUUUUUUUUUUCCUUUUCUUUUUCGCCCGCGGCGCGGCGAGGUUGCGCCGGAGUGAGUGGUUUCUACGUCGCCGGGGGGGUUGAGAGGACUACAACUCCCUGGUCCGGGCAUGCUCUUGCAGCCCACUGUGCCGGGCCUGUCCGCGAUGUUGCAGACCAUCUACGAGACCGAAUCCUGUUUCUCCUCCGACACAGGGCUCUCCGGCAGAGAGCGGCCCCUGGAGCUGCUGACCCAGGGCAGGGGCUCCGCCGUGCCCGACGCCGCAGUGGAGGUGAAGACCAGCCUGCCCUCGGGGAUGCAGAGCCCGGUAGCGGGCGGCGGCGAGCCGGGAGGAGGCGGGGCCCCGUGGACCUGCGCACCGACCCCAGGCUGGGGCCCCUGUCCGGGGGCGGCGGGGCGUCCGUGGACCCGGCCCUGCGCGAGCAGCAGCUGCAGCACGACCUGCUGCUCCUCAAGCAGCAGCAGGAGAUGCAGAAGCAGCUGCUCUUCGCCGAGUUCCAGAAGCAGCACGAGGUGCUGACGCGCCAGCACGAGGCCCAGCUGCAGGAGCACCUCAAGCAGCAGCAGGAGAUCCUGGCGGCCCAGCAGAGGCAGGAGCUGGAGCAGCAGAGGCAGCUGGAGCAGCAGAGGCAGCAGGAGCAGCAGAGGCACGAGGAGCUGGAGAAGCUGAGGCUGGAGCAGCAGCUCAUCAUGCUGCGCAACAAGGAGAAGGGCAAAGAGAGUGCCAUCGCCAGCACGGAGGUCAAACUCAAGCUGCAGGAGUUCCUGCUGAACAAGAAGGAGCCCACGGGACUGAACCAUUCCUUCCCCCAGAAAUGCUGGGGUGCCCACCACACCUCUCUGGACCAGGGUUCCCCACCCCAGAGCAACACUCCUGGGACCCCCCCCUCCUACAAGCUGCCCCCCCUGCUGGGGGCCUACGAGGGCAAGGACGACUUCCUCCGCAAGACAGCGUCGGAGCCCAACCUGAAGGUGCGCUCCAGGUUAAAACAGAAGGUUGCUGAGAGGAGGAGCAGCCCCCUGCUGAGGAGGAAGGAUGGGACGGUCAUCAGCACCUUCAAGAAGAGAGCCAUCGAGAUCUCUGUGUCGUCCAUGUGCAGCAGCGCCCCUGGCUCCGGGCCCAGCUCGCCCAACAUCCACACGGCCAUCGCUGAGAACGGCUCCAGUGGAUCUGUCCCCAACAUCCACGCUGAGCUCCGGUCUCUCCAUCAGACUCUGAAUGCAGACGGGAUGGCCAGCCCGCUGAGCCUGUACACCUCCCCCUCCCUCCCCAACAUCUCCCUGGGCCUGCCCGCCAACGCACACCUCACUGCCCCGCAGAAGCUGUCGGCCCAGCAGGAGGCGGAGCUCCAAGCCAUCCAGACCAUGCGCCAGGGCGGGGCUCUGACGGGGAAGUUCAUCAGCAGCUCCUCCCUGCCCGUGUGCCUCCCUCAGGGGGACUCGGAGGCCCCCCAGCCCCCCAACAGCCACGGCAGCCACUCGUCCCUGCUGCAGCACGUCCUGCUGCUGGAGCAGGCCCGGCAGCAGAGCGCCCUGCUGGCUGUGCCCAUGUACGGCCAGUCUCCCCUGGUGACGGGCGAGCGGGUGUCGGGAGGCAUGCGCACGGUCACCAAGCUGCCCCGCCACCGGCCCCUGAGCCGCACGCAGUCGGCCCCCCUGCCCCAGAGCCCCCAGGCCCUGCAGCAGCUUGUCAUGCAGCAGCAGCACCAGCACUUCCUGGAGAAGCAGAAACACUACCAGCUCAACAAGAUCCUCUCCAAAGGGGCGGAGCUUCCCCGCCAGCCGCCCACCCACCCGGAGGAGACGGAGGAGGAGCUGACGGAGACGGCGGAGAUGCAGGAGGAGGGCGGGGCGGGGGAGGGGUGGGCGGGGGAGGGGCGGCGCCUGCAGAAGGAGGGCUCGGACGAGACCCCGCCCCCCUCGGAGCGGCUGAAGGGCGAGAGCACGGAGAGCGACCUGGACGAGGACGAGGACGAGGCCAUCGAGCUGAGGGAGUGCGAGGAGGACGACGCUCCGUACGGGCAGUUUUCGGACCAGCAGCCCUUGCAGCAGCUCAACGUGUUCCAGGCCUCCCUGUCCAUCUCGGGCAUGCCCCACAGACCUCUGGGAAGGGCCCAGUCCUCCCCUGCCACCUCCGGCCUGAAGGGGGCGCCGCUGGGCGAGGUGCCCAUCAAGCACCUCUUCACCACGGGUCUGGUGUACGACACCUUCAUGCUGAAGCACCAGUGCAUGUGCGGCAACACCCACAUCCACCCGGAGCACGCCGGCCGCAUCCAGAGCGUGUGGUCCCGGCUGCAGGAGACAGGCCUGCUGGGGCGCUGCGAGAGGAUCCGGGGCAGGAAGGCGACGCUGGAUGAGAUUCAGACGGUGCAUUCGGAGUACCACACCCUGCUGUACGGGACCAGCCCGCUGAACAGGCAGAAGCUGGACAGCAAGAAGCUGCUAGGUCCAAUCAGUCAGAAGAUGUACGCAGUGCUGCCCUGUGGAGGGAUAGGGGUGGACAGUGACACGGUGUGGAACGAGAUGCACUCGUCUGGGGCCGUGAGGAUGGCGGUGGGCUGCGUCAUCGAGCUGGCCUUCAAAGUGGCUGCAGGGGAACUGAAGAAUGGUUUCGCUGUGGUUCGUCCACCGGGCCACCAUGCUGAGGAGUCCACGGCCAUGGGCUUCUGUUUUUUCAACUCUGUGGCCGUCACUGCCAAGCUGCUGCAGCAGAAGCUCGGUGUGGGGAAGAUCCUCAUGGUGGACUGGGACAUUCACCAUGGCAACGGGACACAGCAGGCCUUCUAUAACGACCCCAACGUGCUUUACAUAUCCCUGCAUCGCUAUGACGACGGGAACUUCUUCCCUGGCAGUGGAGCACCUGAGGAGGUGGGGUCUGGUCCAGGCAUGGGCUUUAACGUCAACAUCGCCUGGACAGGAGGGGUGGACCCGCCCAUGGGCGACGCAGAGUACCUCACAGCAUUCAGGACGGUGGUGAUGCCCAUAGCCAACGAGUUCUCCCCCGACGUGGUCCUAGUGUCCGCCGGGUUCGAUGCCGUGGAGGGACACCAGUCUCCGCUGGGGGGAUACAACGUCACUGCCAAGUGUUUCGGUCACCUGACCAAGCAGCUGAUGAAGCUGGCGGGCGGGCGCGUGGUGCUGGCCCUGGAGGGGGGUCACGACCUCACCGCCAUCUGCGACGCGUCCGAGUCGUGCGUGGCCGCGCUGCUGGGUGACGAGCUGGACCCAGUGCCUCCGGCUGUUCUGCAACAGAAGCCCUGUCCCAAAGCCUCCGCCUCUCUGGAGAGGGUUAUAGAGAUCCAGAGUAAACACUGGGGCUGUGUCCAGAGAUUGGCCCCCACCGUGGGCCAGUCCCUACUGGACGCCCAGCGGAGGGAGAAGGACGAGGCUGACACCGUCACCGCCAUGGCCUCCCUCACCGUGGAUACGGAACAGCCAGCCGCCGACAACGUUACCACGGAGACCAGCAGGUCCACAGAGGAGCCGAUGGAGGAGGAGCCCGUGUUGUAGGACGCAAGCGACAGCAGCCGGGAGAAAUUUUGGUCUCUCCUCCACCUCCGGCACCAAGUCUCCUACAGUCACCUCUCCCCCUUCCAGCCUUCCUCCUCUCCACCCUUCAUUUCCCUCCGUCUAUCCGGGCUGCAUGAACGUCGGCCUGUGGGUGGUGAGUGUGCCAGGCACGCGCGCGUGUGGAGGGACAGAGGACAGAGGACACCCAGUCCUCCGGGGUCCAACGCGGGCGGACGUUUGCGAUCGGCCGAAGGGGGACACGCCGUCGAGAGGCGAGACCUGUUUCGGACGAGCCAGUCUUUUCUUCUUCUCCUUCAUCUUCUUUUUUUUUUUUAUUCUUCGGAAACUGAGCGGGCGGAGCGGAUUUCUACAUCUCCCGUGACACUUUGUACUUUUCAGGACGCAAACUCCAAAAAAGCCAUCAAGCAGCAAAAAGGAUUUCGAAAACAAACACAAGAGCUCCCUCAUGCACUUCCCCGCCUCGCACACUGUGUCGGACGGGCCGUCCCCUGCAGGGGAACGGGCGGGGUUUAUAUUUACAUUUAGUCAUUUAGCAGACGCUCUUAUCCAGAGCGACUUACAGUCAGUACAGGGACAUUCCCCCGAGGCAAGUAGGGUGAAGUGUCUUGCCCAAGGACACGGCGUCAGUUGGCAUGACCGGGAAUCGAACUAGCAACCUUCGGAUUACUAGCCCGAUUCCCUCACCGCUCAGCCACCUGACUCCCUAUUUAUAUCUGCAGAUCGGCGCUCUGUCACCCGAAGCGCCCCUAUUGUCCCUUUGCUGUGUCUUGCAUUUCGGUAUUUCUACGUGUCUGUUCAAAUAACAUGUAAAAGGAAGCACACAAACAUAUAUGUGUAUGAUAUAUGUUUAACGUAUAUAUGUGGCUUUAUGUGUGUGCUAUAUACACAUAUUUUGCAUAUAUAUAUAUGGGUAUAUAUAUAUGCAAAUAUAUAUAUAUAUGUAUAUUUAUACUGUAUAUUCCUUUGGCUGUGGGCAGGAGAUUGCAGUGGUUGAUUUUGGAGGUGGGGCUGGGGAAUUCUACCGCGGGGACUGACGGAGUUGACGAGAGAAAAUCUCUCCACCGGUACUCAAGCUGUGUCUCUCUCUCGCUCCUCUCCUCUGUGUACACGGGACAGGGGCGGCCCAGAGGGCUCCUCUCCUCUGUGUACACGGGCGACCCAGAGGGCUCCUCUCCUCCUCUGUGUACACGGGACAGGGGCGACCCAGAGGGCUCCUCUCCUCCUCUGUGUACACGGGACAGGGGCGACCCAGAGGGCUCCUCUCCUCUGUGUACACGGGACAGGGGCGACCCAGAGGGCUCCUCUCCUCCUCUGUGUACACGGGCGACCCAGAGGGCUCCUCUCCUCCUCUGUGUACACGGGCGACCCAGAGGGCUCCUCUCCUCCUCUGUGUACACGGGCGACCCAGAGGGCUCCUCUCCUCCUCUGGGACAGGGGCGGCCUGGGGGUCUGUCAAACGCGGUCGCAGGCCUGGUGCGAUAGCCCCCGUGGACUGGACGAGGAAGAACUGUGUCGACCGGGGGCUGGAACUGUGUAUUCCUGCGGGACGUGUGGUCUCUCUCCCUCCCUCCCUCUCUCUCUCUCUCUCUCUCUCUCUCUCUCUCUCUCUCUCUCUCAGGAGGGAGACGUUUUUAUUUCGAAGAUCUCGGUGCCUUUUCUAUAUACGAAAACCCCCAAAUGAAUUCACGACCACCUGCGAGGACGCAGACGAACAGACAAACCUACACACUUGUUAUCCUUACGUUUGUUUAUUUGAAAAUGCCUUAAUUUUCUCCAGAGCGCGCACUGUUUUAGCCAUCUACAGCAGAAGCACAUGCUUCUACACCUCCUACUGUGUGUGUCUCUCUCUCUCGUCAUGUUCUGCUUCCUUCCUGUCUGAACGCGUGGUCACACGUGCAGAGGUCUGGAACUCACCCCUCUGGAGUCCUUGGGGCCCGUGUUCCUCAUUCAUCCCAGGCACAUUGCAGCCGUUUGCGGGAUUGAGACCCGAAUUUUGGGGGGAAACGCUACGAAGACCAACUACUUUUAUUGCUAUGUCACACGCUGUCAUCUGUAAAUACUGUUUCCUGUUCAGCCACACAUCCUUCUACUCUGCCGUUCUCCAUUGGUUGCUGGAGGACAGACUGAAAAAGGUCAAAGGUCACUUUUUAAAAUUAGCUUUUUUCUUCCUUUUUUUUAAUAAAAAAAACAUACAAAAACAGAAUAAUAUAUAUAUAUAUGAUACAUAAAUAUUACAGUGUUAAUCCAAUCAAAUUGGAUUUGAAUAUUAUAUUUGAGAGAAGAAAAACUGAGGUUUCAAGUAAAAGGCGCCUAACUAAGCACAUCGUGGUCCUGUUCUCCACUUGACAUCUUGAUACGUCUCGUUUCUCGCCCGCCCCAACAGGUGAUGGUUUGUUUGUUUCCGGUGAGCGGGGGGACUUGAUGUUGGGUUUUUUUCUCGUAACUGUCAGUCAAGACUUGCUCGGCGAUUGGGGAGGUUAAAGGGGCGGGGGACGUACGGAAUAUGACACAGCCAGAAAAGAGCACCCACCUUAGACACUGCAAUAUCCCAACAAGCCACGGCUGGACGCCGCGUCUUCAGUCAACACGCUCGGUGUGAGGUCGCUAAACUGACCCGCCGCCGACUUGCCCUGAUUGGUCAGCAUUGAGGACACUGACGAAAUGUUUGUGACGUGGUCUCGCUGAGGCCGUUGCCUUUGACAUCCCUGAGAAGCACGGGGGGAUUACUCACAGAUCGUAUAAGGUAACCUUGUGAAGGACACUAAUUACGUUUCAUUUACUGUAUGGAACACCAGUUCGUGGUGCAUCAUAAAAGUCUGCCUGGCAUGUUUGCCUCUGUUCAAUCUCAAGCCAUACAGACGUAGACUGACUGAGUCUCAGCAUCUUACUACUGGGUUUGUGUCUGACAAGCAUCGACAGUAACAAUACUGUCACUGUCCCGUCUCCUAGCUGGCUAUCUGUCCUCCUUCUCCAGGCCCUUACGAUCCCCAACGUCACAAGACUGUAAAUUGCACUUUCACUACAUACUUGUAAAGGCAAAGGUGCGUUUGAGAAGGAUACAUUGCUCCGCGUCCCUGUAAUUCUCCUUACGAAAAAAAACACUUUAUCUUACUCGAACCCCCUUCAUACGAUCCUCUGAUGUACCAACAGUUGUGUGGCCGUUUGUUUGUGUUGGUUUGUGUUGGUUUCCAGUGGGGCAGUCUUUCCCCAGUCAGAAGCACAGAGCCUGGUGAUGUAACCACCACAGAACAGACAUUGUAUUUGGCUGUUUCACAGAACUUUAAACACGUUUUUUGUUUUUACUUAAAUGAUCUGAGCCAAAUGCAUUGUUGUCUCGUGGAGUUGGGGGGGGGGGGACACUGUUCUGGCAUGUUCUAUACUGUACACAGAGAGGGUUCUCCUUCGCUCGUGUGUGGGUUUGUGUCUCUGAGUGGAGCAUUCACUACAGGGACUUUUGUGACCUUGUUUCGUUCUGUCACUCACCGUGUGGUUCCUGCUCAUAGUCGUGUCUCUCCACUGUGUAUGAAUGGCAUGGUAUGGGCUCUAAUGGUUAGUGACUGUCCUGUGUCUGGUGCCGUGGGUUUGGCAGAAUUCUGCUAUUUUUUGAUUGAUUGAUUGAUUGACCAGGCUCCGAUCUACAGUCCGCCUCGCAGGUUAUAGAAUGGUGCGAGGGUCACUAGGGGUCACAUCGGUUUCUUGGGGUGAUGUUGGGUGGCAACAACAAAAAAAAGACGAAAAGAUGGCGACUACUUUUAGUAAAGGAAUGUUUUGGGAUCAGUCGCCUGUGAUGCAACUGCUACGAGUGGCAACCAUUCUAAUAGGGCCUUGCAGAAUUCUUUUUGUUAUUGUAUUCAACAGAUACUGGAAUACAUCCAGGUGUGCGUGUGUGUGUGUGCGUGUGUGUGUGCGUGUGUGUGUGUCUAAAGGAUAUUGACUUAUUCACCAUUGAAGAUAUAGCUUUAUUGUUGCUGCCACACACUAUUUUGCUAUUCAGUAAAUAAUGUAUAUUUAUUGAUAUUUCAUACGUUGUGUAUAUGUAGUGACCUAUGAUCGUCGAGGUUCAAAGAGUAAUUGUAUAUUUUUUUGACGUUGGAAAGAGAAGUAUGUCUCUUAACAUUGUGUCUCCUCCACUGAACUGGUGUUUUAAUCUUCACUUUCUGUGGCUGGAUGUUUGAAUAUAUGUGACCGUCUUUUACCUUAUAUUUUGAAUAUAUGCUUUCUCUCUCUUCUGGUCAUAAUUAAAUGCAGACAUUAUGAAUUGAUCAAAGCACAUUCCUUAAUUUCAUGUGUUCUUCUUUCAAAUGCUUUCCUCUUGCGACAAUACAAAUGUUUAUACUAAUUGCUACUCACGUGUAUAUAAAUGCAUAUAUGUGUACACAUGUGCAAUACACGCUAUUUGAGCAAUCUAUUACUGUGACUAUUAUUGAUGAUAAUCGCUGUCCCUUUGAAUUAUCUCUUUUCUUUAAUUCUUUUCAUGAAUUGCAUUGUGCACAAUUCCACUCAGUGGGUAACAGUGCGAGUGCAGUAAGGAUCUUAAAAGGGAAUCUUCAGUCUAAUAAUUACUGUUUUAUUUCAGGUUUUGUGUACAUUUAAAAAUAUAUAUAUAUCCCUUUUUUAUCUCAUUGUAAUGUUGUGACAUGCACCUAUUUUUUCUUUCUCUUGUUUUUUUUGUAGUUUUUUUUUAAAGUGGGCCUGUUGUUUAAAUUGUCUGAAACUCAAUAAAGCGAUUCACUGCUCCAGUACAAAGAGGCGCUA